AUGAAGGAGAUGACACAAUAUCUCUGGCCGAAGGACAAGCUAGGGACUAGGUUUCGCGUGAGCCUCGCUGUAGGCUUACUCGUAGGAGCCAAACUUCUCAACGUCCAAGUCCCUUUCUAUUUUAAGAGCAUUGUCGACUCUAUGAACAUUGAUUUUGCUGCUGUGGGCGGGACUGCCUGGACUGUAGCUGGCUCCAUGGUCGUAGCAUAUGGCGCAACCAGGGUCGGAGCCGUACUGUUCCAGGAACUGCGAAAUGCGGUUUUUGCGAGCGUGGCACAGAAAGCAAUCCGACGAGUGGCAUGCGGUGUCUAUGAGCAUCUUCUCCGCUUAGAUUUAAACUUCCAUUUGUCUCGGCAGACCGGCGGCCUCACGAGAGCAAUAGAUCGAGGGACGAAAGGGAUCAGCUUCCUGUUGACGUCGAUGGUGUUCCACGUCAUCCCAACGGCCUUGGAGAUAUCCUUGGUUUGUGGUAUCUUGACCUACCAAUACGGGUUCAAAUUUGCAGCUAUCACGGCCACAACAAUGGUCGCCUACACUGCUUUCACAAUCACGACGACGGCAUGGAGGACGAAGUUCCGAAAACAGACAAAUGCAGCAGACAACAAAGCGGCUACUGUCGCCGUGGAUUCUUUGAUCAAUUACGAGGCAGUGAAGUAUUUCAAUAACGAAAAAUAUGAGGUCGGUCGAUACGAUCAAGCGCUUCAGCAGUACGAAAAAGCAAGCAUCAAAGUUGCGACUUCGCUUGCACUCCUCAACUCCGGUCAGAAUAUCAUCUUUUCCACCGCACUGACGGCGAUGAUGUUCCUGGCAGCCGAUGGAGUUGCCACUGGGACUCUCACCGUUGGAGAUCUUGUGAUGGUCAAUCAGCUCGUCUUCCAGCUCUCAGUACCAUUGAACUUUUUGGGCUCGGUCUAUAGAGAACUUCGACAAAGUUUGCUGGAUAUGGAGACAUUGUUCAACCUCCAGAAAGUCAACGUUGCCAUCAAGGAACCUCCGAACGCAAAGUCCCUGAUGCUCACCGGCGGUGAGAUUCGAUUCGAAAACGUUACUUUUGGAUACCAUCCCGACCGACCUAUUCUUCGAAAUCUAUCCCUCACCAUUCCAGCUGGCAAGAAAGUAGCCAUUGUUGGCCCCUCGGGCAGUGGUAAAUCCACGAUCCUUAGGUUACUGUUCCGGUACUACGACAUUCAAGAGGGGCGGAUCCUGAUUGAUGGCCAGGACAUUCGAGAAGUGAGCCUGGAGAGUCUGCGGAAAGCAAUUGGCGUUGUUCCACAGGACACUCCGCUUUUCAAUGCUUCGAUUGAGCAUAAUAUACGAUAUGGCAAUCUAGGAGCCGAUACAGGUGCUGUCAUUGCCGCAGCUAGGAGAGCUAAAGUGCAUGAGACGAUCGAAAAAUUCCCUGAGAAGUAUCAAACCAUGGUCGGGGAGCGAGGGAUGAUGAUAUCCGGAGGCGAGAAGCAGCGACUGGCAGUGUCUAGACUCAUCCUCAAGGACCCGCCGAUCCUCUUCUUUGACGAAGCGACAUCUGCACUGGACACCCAUACCGAGCAAGAGCUCCUACAAAAUAUUAACAGCAUUCUGAGAGAAAAGCAGAGAACGUCUGUUUUCAUCGCCCAUAGACUACGAACGAUUUACGACAGCAAUCUCAUCAUCGUGCUACGAGAUGGCAGUGCCGCCGAGAGCGGAACCCAUGAACAGCUCAUCAACACCGGGGGCGUGUACUCUACCCUAUGGAGCGCUCAGGAGACUCUGACACUAGAGGAUGAUGCGAUGGUUGAGCCGGUUGAGCCGAGCUCUAGGUAA